AUGGCCGCGACCGACGGUCAGAUCGUCGUCGCGGCAGCACGCUGGGCCGAGGAGGCGACGUACCUGCGUGAGUUCGUCUCCAAGUACCGUCUGCCGGCCGUGAUCAAGAUCACGAAGGGCCAGUAUGGCGGGCUGGGCGUGCCGACGCUACCGGCGCCCAGUUUGCAGAGCACCGCACUGCUGAUAUCGGCCGGCCGUCGGCGUAAGAUCGUGGCGCAGGCGGUGAAGAUCAAGGAGGGCCGCCGGGUGGUCGGCGUGGGGCCCAGACUGGCGAUACCGGACUCGUACGCGGGCUACUUCGAGAUCCUGAGCGAGGAGGGUCGAGCGGUGCGCGGCAUCGAGUCGGUGAGCGAGUUAUCGCGAAGAUGUCCGGACGAGGGUGCUCUAGUGCGCGAGACCGUGCGCGGCAUCGCCUGCCGGGUGGACGACGAGUCGGGUAUCGUGGUACCGGAGGGCACGAGAACCCUCGCGGCCGGCGAGACGAUCGUUACCGCCGGUGAAGUGGCGCUACCCGGCCGCGGUCGGUUUCUGCGCUGCGUGGACUGUCACGGCGACAACGUGCUGCUCGGGAUGGAUCAACGCGGACGCUUCAGCGCCCUGGCGCGCGAGGACAACAUCAGCGGCGUGCACACCGCCAGGGCGCUCCUCAGCAAACGUCUGCCGCUCACCGUGAGACUGGUGCACGGCCAGCCGCCGCGAGGACUCAAGUCGUCGUCGCAGUUUGUGCCCGAGCUGAGGCUGCUGUCGACUUUCGAGGAGGAGCACGUGUUCGCGUUGCCGCUCCAGAGGGAAGGAGCGGCGGUCGCGCUGCCGCUCGCGGCGCCGCUCAAGCUGGUGAAGGCGCGAAACGAGGAGGCGCUCAGGUCGAUGCAGGAGUUUACGAGGCUGGUGGAGCGCGCCUCUCGUCUGGUCGCCGACGUGGCUGAUCGGGCGCACGUAUUGGACGGUCGUCUGGGCGAGAGCAAGCCCUCCAGGCAGACGAGGAGCGGCUCGGGCUUCCUCAGAAGACCAUCGACCAACUCGGAUCACGCGCCGUUGAGUCACCACAGGAACAGCAGCGCCGGCCAUCAUCAUCAUCAUCAUCACUAUCACAGCAACGGGCAUCAGCCGUCCUCCGGACACUCGGGCUACCGAGAUGAGAACAGGGUACCGCCGUCCUCGUCCGCCUGCACGGAGGAGUACGACGAAAUCGAUCAGAUAUACGACUACGUGCGCGGCUUCGCGCCGUUGCCGAAGAGCGUCAGGUCGCCGUACGAGAGUCCUCUCGCCGCGGGCCAGGGGGGUUCGACUCCGCCGUUGACGCCGGUCACGGUGACGAUUACGCCCUUGCUGGACGAUCGACCGGAACCGCCGCCGAUCGAGACGAUACCGACCAAGAAGAUCCAGGCGGAGAAGCGGACCAGGCGCGCGGUUAAGGAGGCGCCGCAGCCGCGGGUGGAGAAGCCGCCGUUGGCCAAGCUCUACGUGAAGAAUAGCGGCACUCAGCGCGGCCGGCCGCUAAUGAGGCAGAAGAGCGCGUCCCCGUUGAAGGAAACGCCGCCGGGUUACAAGGGCGGUUCGCCGCUCUUCAACAUACGUUACAAGAGCUUGACGAAUCUCCAACAGGCCAUGGAGCUCGAUGGCACGCUGGACUCCAGUCACUCGGGCGGAAGGACGUCGGGAGACUCCGGCGCGGGCGCCAAGCUGCCAGAGAAAAGAUCGAGACGUUUGAGCAGGCCACGAUCGCUGACGAAUUUAGUCUGGGAGCUACGAGGUGGAAGUGGUCUCGGUUGCACGAGACCGGAAACUCCGCCGCCCGCCACGACUGCACCGCUGCCACCGACUAAAUGUGGGCCACGUCUAGCUGUCACUGUCGUGGCACCGCGACGUGUCGGCACGCUCUACCUCUAACUCAUUCGACCGACGAAGGGCUGAAGAAGGCAAAGAGCGGUUCAGAUGAAGAGCCGUGGAUCUCCGGCGUCGUUCGUUCAACUAAUCAAAAUUCGCAACAGGGGCUCAAGGGAGAAGAAUAGAAGGACGGGAUGCAUUUCUGCCAGCGAUUCCGCCAUUCUUUCAGCAUUAAUAUAUCGCAGCUGCGAAAGCCAUUCAAACUCGUCCGACACGACUGCAUAUACACACGCUAUACACGUACACACAUACACACAAGCAUGCUACUCGCACAGAUACACGACACGUGUAACAGACCCAAAAGCCUGAUCAACGCGGCGUACUUCCUGUGAUCGUCGAUUAACGAUAAGUGGAAUAAUCAAAAAUAGCGACGCAGCGGAAGAGGAUAUGUUCAGGUCACGAAAAGAGAAGCAAAUUACUAGAAUGCUCUCGUAGAGAAAGGCGACGCCGUGUUAUAAAGAGUAUCGAGAUCGGUAUCGAAACGCGACCAAGCGAAAUAGUGGAGGCCGACACUUUGUAAGAUCCCAAGUAACAAUGGUCGAUCUUCCGGUACGUAUAACGCACAUAAUCUGCUCCAUAUCGAACAGACCCGUUCAUAAAUCCUUCAGGAAUAUGCAUAAUGGCCGCACAAAUAUUUUUUCCUGCCUGAAAAAUUUAGAUUUAACAAGUUAAUUAAAAUUAUUCCAAGAUAAAAAUAUAUAUCGCUUAUAAAUAUUGUUUUGCACGUUUCGCUUUAUCUUAACGUUACGUGCGGAAAAGGAUUCUUCAAUUUUUAGUUAGACAUGGACAAAUGUUGACAGUACUUAGAACGUACCAUUUUCCUGGCAAAGCGAAUUUCUUUUUCAACUAUUAAAUAUGUAAAAAAAAUUAAACUUCAAACGAGAAAUUCCGAACGUAUUAAAAGUACGAGUCAAUUUUUUUUGAUGAAUUGACGAAUACCACGGAGUUUAUCGAUAUAAAAUCCAUGCUGUUAUGAUAAAAUCUUUUUUACAUUAAUGCCGAUAUUUUCCAAUCUCUAAUACGUACGCCGUAUACACAAAAGAUAAAGAGGCCUUGAUUUGUCACGUGACCAUACCUCCGUUACUCUUUGCCAUCGAUGGAAGAUGGAAUCGGAAAGUCGCGAAGAGGAAAGUCGAAUCUACAUGCCGCAUGUGUAAUCGCGCGUUGUCCGAAAAGCUAACACGAUUUGCGUAUGGGUAAAUGACGACAUCGCCUCGUACGCGAGUAGUAGAUUCUUUUUAUAAAGAGACGCGCCGUCAGUAGGGAUGCGGUCUGGCGAGCCGCGUAGUUAAGGAUACGAAUGCCAUAAUAAUGACCAAGUUUUUAUGGUUGUACUUAAGUCAUACUUUAUACUCUACUUUACUGUUUAAGAUUUUGAGCGUAAGUUACUUCAUAUUUCCAUUAUCAAAGUGUCUUUAUCACAGUUAUCGCUACCGUUUCACUUUCGCGUCGUCGAGCUUAAUGGCGAAUCGCCGUCAUUUAGCGCGCGAUCGUCGAAGAAUUGGUAGACGUUAUGAAAAUGCAAUACCGCCUACCUGCACUUGUGAUCGUACAUCUAACUUGAAUUCGAGAGAAUAAACUGAAUGCUCGUAAUCUGUACAUCGGGCGCUUCAACAUUACGAUCAGAUAAAUAAAUUUCUACCAUGCUUUGUAUAUCGCCUCGACAUGAAGGAAUAUAUCCGAUGGCAAUCUUUAAAUAUGUGAAAAAGAUAUCAAUUGAUAUAUCAGAUUAGACGAAUUGGACGACUGAAAGUAUUUUAUUCGCUGCUGAAAUACGGCAAGAGAAACUUGAGCUUUUGUAUAAAAAUUCUAUCGAAUUAACAGCACGGUUUGAAAAGUGUUUGCAAUCCGAGCGCUUGGUUGUUCCAUGUUUCGUAUAAUGUUAAAUUUUCUAGAUUUCUAUGUUCAUAUUGUGCGCUAGGAGCAAAUUAAUGUUGGGCGAAACAUGUUAAAUUAUAUAUUGCACUUACUUCCAUUCCAAUGUUAGAGAAGCCAUCGACAAAUAUCGCCAGCGAUCGCAUGGACGAUAACAAACAAACUCUCAUUGAAAGUCAGGUGCGAGACCGCCUCUCGGUUGAUGGUCCCGACCAAAGGACGCGUUCGGACCUUGGUCUCAUUUUUGUGAUUAUUUAAUACACGUUAAGCAAACAAUAGAAUAGGUGAGCCUUGUUAUAACUGAGUAUGAGGAUAGCCGUUGUACUGGCCUUACAGAGACGAUGCCAUUCUGCAUUCAACGGCGGAAGAAGCGCAAUAAUUACAACAAUUAUCCGAGAUAUUGUAAUUAUGCUCAUAGUAUAAUAAUUAAAUUGUUUACUCGAGAGCACUGACAAAUAGUUUUCAGUUAUCAGUAAGAAUGGAAGCUCUUUCGGAAGAAAAAUCGGAAACAAGUGGCCUUCUUCAAAAGGAGAAUUACGAGCUGAGAAUAAUCAGGAUACAUUCGUUACAAUGAACUAGCUAUAUUACGAGUGUACAAUAAGUUUUUAGAUUUAUAAUACGAAGUAUAGAUUCUAUCAUUAUGAAUAUUAUAUCGCGUAAUGAAUUUGUAUAGAAGGCACUCGGUCCCCUUUACGACAGAACUCUGUGUGUUGUAAGCGUGUACCGAGCGAAUACGCUUAUUUCGUACGUUGAUGUUCUCGGAGAGUGUAUAAAUUUUGCCAUGACGACGAGCGCCGAAAGAACCCUACGGCGGGGGAGGGGGGGCUUGUAAUAGCGAUAUCACGCGUUUGCGCGCAGCUAGAAUUAUUUUUCUAGUUCCUCUGGGGCAUUGGAUGUCAAUGGAGAUCUCCCAUGCGAGCGAUCGCCUUCGAAUAGCGCAAGACCUGACCGUUUUAGCCGUUCUUCUUUGCGUAAAGAGGCAGCGGAUGCAACUAAAGCGAGCAGAUCUGUGAUACAACUACACGAUCGGCUCAGCGAUAUCAUUUCAACAUCGUUCUCGCGGCGAAAUACUCAGCGCGUAAGGGUCGAGGAUCGUUGUGCCUUCGUGUAUGCACGUUAAAGUACGUUUAAUGAUUGUAAGAAGGGCAGACAUCCACACUUUGUGAUUCCAUAAGCAGUUGUUCAGUUUUUUUUAUACUUACUUUAAUGCUUACCUAGGAUAGAGCUUGUGUACCCUAAAGAGUGUUUCAAUAAAAAUCACAAUGAAAUAA